CAACGACUUUAACGCUACAACUCUAUAUUCUCUCCAAUAAGCAAAAGCAAAGAAAAAUAAAUUGCAGAGUUUCAGUUCCACUUGUACAUUUUUACUUCGUCUCCACGAACUCCAGAAGAAUUCAUAAUCAAAAACAGGUAAAAAUGGUGUUAUGGGUAUUCGGAUAUGGAUCAUUAAUAUGGAAAGCUGGGUUCAAUUACGAUGAACGAAUUCCUGGAUUCGUUAAGGGUUAUCGCCGUGUUUUUUACCAAGGGAGUACUGAUCACAGAGGAACUCCGGAGUACCCAGGAAGAACAGUCACAUUAGAGCCUGCUCCUGAUGAAAUUUGUUAUGGAGUUGCGUACAAGAUUAACCAGAAGGAGGAUAUUGAAACUGCAAUCACGUAUCUGGAGGUUAGAGAGAAACAAUACGACCAAAAGGUUUAUCUGGAUUUUUAUACGGAUUCAACAGAUUCGUCACCAGCUGUGAGCAGUGUGUUGGUAUAUGUAGCUUCUUCGAAUACAAAGCUUAACAAGAACUACCUGGGUCCUGCACCACUAGAGGAGAUAGCCGAGCAAAUUGUGCGUGCAAAAGGACCGUCAGGACCUAACAGGGACUAUUUGUUUCAACUUGAGCAAGCACUGCUUCAACUAGGAUGCGUGGAUUCCCAUGUAAUGGUUCUUGGCAAGGAAGUGAGACGUAUUCUCUCGAUGUCCAAGGAGGUGACAACUGAGGCCGAGGAGGUCGUGGAGAAUGGCAAUCUGUAAAUGGAAUCGGAAGCAAUUAUUGCGUUGUGGCUAACUAUUGUUCUUCACAUAAUAUUGUUGGAAUGUCCUAUGCUUCGCUCUACGCAUUUAUUCACCUUGGAAGUCAUUUAGACUUGAGAUGCGCGUCUCACGGUGAGACCGUCUCUUACAAGAAUUUGUGUAUUAUGAAACAGUGGGUGGCAUUGAGAAUCCCCAUGAACUUUACAAAUUCAUUUAAAAAGAUAUUAUGUGGACUAUUCGAAGCUACAAGGCUAGAAUAUACUGAGUUUUAUUUAUCUUCCUAUAAGCUAAAGCAAUUACCAAUAAGCCGGUGGCAUUUGCUGAGCCUUCAA